AUGUUACCAAUUCUGAUCAAUCGUGGUCGCAUUGAAAAGAGAACUGGAUCUACAGAGAAGGCAACUGAAACAACCAAUGAAACUUUAACAUCGAUAGAGAGCAUAACUGAAUCACUACUACAACCAGAUCUACAGUUUCAACAGAGAAAACUUCUGGAAAGUCAGAACCUACAACCUCGAAAGAAAGCUGGUACAAGUGAAGAUUCAACUUCCACAGUGCCCACAGAAUUAACAAUAACCCUUGAAUUCACAAUCUCUACAGAGAAGACGACCGAAACAGCGUUGACUGAGCUUACAAUACUGACAAAAAAGCCGAUCAAAUCAACAUUAACAACUGAGCCUACGACCUUGUCUACAACUACAAUAGAAGGUACAACUUUGUUAGAGAUAACUAAAUCCACAGCCACAUCUGAGUCUUUAAACUCGAUACAAAGUAUAACGGAAUCAACAGUAAGAACUGAUCAGAGGACAGCUGAAUCAACAUCUACAGUAUCCUCAGUCUCCACAGACAUGACUGAAUCAAGUGCUAGAACUGUUUCUACAACCUCGACAGAGAGGAUAACUGAAUCAUCUACUAUAACUGAAACUACAAAUGAACCAUCAAUUUCGAUGGAGAGGGCAUCAGCUACAAUUGCAUCAGCUACACCUGAGUUUACAAUCUCGACAGAGAGGACGACUAACACAUUUACAACUGAGCCUACAACUUCGACAGAACGGAUAUUUGAAUCAUCAGCUGCAACUAACAAAGUUUUGACAGAGAGUACAACUGAAGCAGUUACAGCUGAACCUACAAUCUCACUAGAGAUGACACGCAUAUCAGUUACAAAAGAAUCUACAUCUACUAAAGAGAGCGCAACUGAAUCGACAGCUACAAUUUCAACAGAGAGGAAGACAGCUGGAUCUACAACCACAACAGGGAAGGCAACUAAAACAACCAAUAAAACUUUAACAUCGGCAGAGAGCAUAACUGAAUCAACUACUACUUUCUCGAAAAUCAGUCCUGUCCAGAGCGGCGCUUUCGGAACAAAGGUAGGCUGUAGAAUCCCCUGUGGGAAACUAGCGCUGGCUAUUUACGUGGGUGUGGGGAUUGUGGGUACUUUAUAUGAGAAUCAGGGGAUGCGCGCUGCACAUUUUAAAUACAAUCUGACAUACUAUAGAUCAUCUACAGUGUCAACAGAGAAAACUUCAGGAAAGCCAGAACCUACAACCUCGGAAGAAAGGAUGACUGAAUCAGGUACAACUGAAGUUACAAUUUCCACAGUGCCCGCAGAAUUAAUAGCAACCCGUGAAUCCACAAUCUCUACAGAGAAGACGACCGAAGCAGCACUGACUGAGCUUACAAUACUGACAGAGGAGCCGAUCGAAUUAACAUUAACAACUGAGCCUACGACCUCGUCUACAACUACAAAAGAAGGUACAACUUUGUUAGAGAUAACUAAAUUCACGGCCACAUCUGAAUAUAUAAACUCGACAGAAAGUAUAACGGAAUCAACAGUAAAAACUGAUCAGUGGGCAGUUGAAUCAACAUCUACUCUAUCCUCAGUAUCCACAGAUAUGACUGAAUCAACAGCUAGAACUAUCUCUACAACCUCGACAAAAAGGAUAACUGAAUCAUUUACUAUAACUGAAACUAUCUUGGCAGAGAAAACUACAAGAGAAACAGUUACAAAUGAACCAAUGAAUUCGACGGAGAGGGCAAUAGCUACACUUGAAUCUACAAUUUCGACAGGGAGAAUAACUGAAACAGCUAUUACUGAGCCUAGAACCUCGACAGAAAGGAUGACUGAGGCUAAAAUUUCCACACCGCUCAUAGAAAAAUCAGCAGCAACACCCGAGUCUACGAUCUCGUCAGAGAGGACAAUCGACACAUUUACAACUGAGCCUAUGACCUUGUCUACAACUACAACCGAUCGUGCAACCUCGUCAGAGAUAAGCAAAUCCACUGCCACAGCUGUGCCUACAGGUUUGACAGAAAGGAUAACUGAAUCAACAGAAACAACCAACCAAGAAUCCUCGGCAAGGAAAAUAACGGAAUCAACUGCAACAGGAGUGUCAACUAAAACAUCAUUAUCUGCAACAUCGAUGGAAGAAAUAACCACAGAGCCAAAAGAGAGGAUGUCUGAACUUACAGUUACAAUCUUAACAGGAAGUAAUACUGAAUCAUCAGUUAUAUCUAAACCUACAAGCUCGACAAAGAAGGAAAUGAAAUAUGAUACUACAACCGCAACUGGUGCAACCAAAGUUAUACCUUCGACAAUGAAGGCAACAGAAUCAAUAGAAUUAAGUUCAAGAGAUGAGGCAAUCAAAUUGAUAACUACAACCUCAGCUGAGAGGAGAACUGAUUUUGCAAACUCAGAUAAAAGUACACAGCCAGCAGAAUUGAUGAGUACACCUGAAACUACAACCUCAACAGAGAGGAUCAGCAAAUCUACAAGCAGCACUGAACAUAGAACUCAAUCAGAGGGAACAUCUAGAACAUCUGCCCAUACCCCCUCAUCAGAGAUGACUAGAGAAACUGUAGUUACAACUGAACCUACAUAA